UUUGACCUUUGAACUCGCAAAAGCUUUUUUCUUCCUCUUCCGGGGACGUUGUCUGCAGGCACUCAGAAUGGUCCAGCGUUUGACAUACCGACGUAGGCUUUCCUACAAUACAGCCUCUAACAAAACUAGGCUGUCCCGAACCCCUGGUAAUAGAAUUGUUUACCUUUAUACCAAGAAGGUUGGGAAAGCACCAAAAUCUGCAUGUGGUGUGUGCCCAGGCAGACUUCGAGGGGUUCGUGCUGUAAGACCUAAAGUUCUUAUGAGAUUGUCCAAAACAAAGAAACAUGUCAGCAGGGCCUAUGGUGGUUCCAUGUGUGCUAAAUGUGUUCGUGACAGGAUCAAGCGUGCUUUCCUUAUCGAGGAGCAGAAAAUCGUUGUGAAAGUGUUGAAGGCACAAGCACAGAGUCAGAAAGCUAAAUAAAAAAAUGAAACUUUUUUGAGUAAUAAAAAUGAAAAGACUUGCUGUA